CUCCUUGUUUUAGCUUCUCUUUGGAGGUGUAAAAUGGAGUUCAUUGAAGGGGCAGAAACAAUAGGUACAGACUCAAUGGGAGCUAAUAUCAGAGAAAUUGAAGCAGUAGUAAUUGACGAAGGUGAAGGCGACGCCAAGUGUUUGAAAGAAUGUGCAAGUGGGAACUUGGUUGAGGAGCCGAAAAUGGCUGUUGCGGAUGAAGAUCAUGUCUGCAAGAAGGUUCACAAGUUCUAUUUCGUCAAGGUUUGGCCCUACAAUAACCAAAAACAAAAAUUAAAAAUCCAAAAAGUCGAGAGGUUUAUUGAGAAACUGGAACGAGAAAGAAAUUCGAUCCCGGUACCAAAAAGGUCACAAUUAUUUUUAUAUGGUAAACAAUUGGGACGACUAAGACGUCAAAGUUGGGACCUUGAUCAUGCACUGAGCUGCUCUCAAGGAAUAUUGAAUGAUCUUGAAAAAGCAUUCAACCGCUCCAAAUUCCAAAAUAAUUCAUAUAACAGAGGUUUAAGCUCUCCAUCACAUCCUAAUUUUCAUAUCACUCCGCGACUUCGUGUACUACACGGAAACAGUACAAAGUUGGCAACAGAGAGGGAACUUUUAAAACAGAUCUCGACGACUCGAAAUCAAUUACCGGCUGAUGCCGAUAUUCAUCGUGGUUCAACUCAUUUCAAGGAAAUGAUUAAUGGUUUCAUUCAGUGGUUUUGCAAACAAAAGCAAGGCGACGCAAGGUACAAAAAAUUCUUCAAAAAGUUCAAACGCUUAGAAAAGAAAAUGGAGAAAUCUAUUGCGGCUGCUACUCUACAGGGACAGAUAUUGAACCCUUGGACUUCAAGAAACACCAUAAAGGAGUAUAUCACUUUCAUAAAAGGGCUAUAUGAAGAAAUAGAAGAAGACCAGAAAGAAAAGACGGAUAAAAUUAAGCAAGAAGAGACAGAGUGGGAGAAGAUUGUUGAAGAGAUGCGUAUGUGGGCACCUCAACUCAGUGCUAAAUAUUACAGAAAGAUAGAAGCAGAAGAACGCCUUCUUAAUCUCAGGAAACGCCUAGAAGGAGCUGAUGUCAUGUACGAUGAAUAUUUGUCACUUAUAACUAAAGCAAGUGAUGCUGCUGGGAAGAAAGACGUAGCAGCCCUGGAACAACUUUCUCGUGUGCAGGUUGAUAAGUUCAUGUGUGGAUGGAAUAACAGUAGAGUUUUCAGAAGAAAUUAUGUGAAAAGAUUAUUGCCAUCGCUUGUGAAUCGAGAGUUAAGUUUUGAUGGACGGAUGAAGAACCCUGAUGAUGAAGAACCCAUUUCUAUCCAUAUCUAA